AUGUCUCUCUCUGCUCAGACGGUUAAUGAGCUGAAAAGCCUCGUUGACAAUGCUACCAGCAACUCUCACAGCAUCCCGGGCACGACGGUUGUGGUGGUAGACCGCAGUGGGGCGGAACAAUUCGCUCACUCGUCAGGAAAGCGCGGAAUCUCAUCGAGCGAGGAGAUGAGUCUUGAAAAUGUCUUCUGGAUUGCCUCCUGCACAAAGAUGGUCACGGGCAUCGCGUGCAUGCAGUUGGUUGAGAAGGGGGUUCUCAAGCUGGAUGACUCUGGCCAUCUCGAGAAGCUGUGCCCGGAGCUCGCGGAGAUCAAGGUUCUGAACUCGGAGGGAAAACUGGAGGAAAAGAAGAGAGGUAUCACGCUUCGCAUGCUUCUUACGCACACUGCUGGCUUCGGAUACACCUUCUUCGACCCCCGGCUCCGAGACUUCAGUUACCCAGCUGGCAUCGAUGAGUUUUCUGGUAGUAUCCGGGACAUGAUGCAACCGCUCGUCUUCCAACCUGGAGAGAACUGGGAGUAUGGCAUCGGGAUUGACUGGGCUGGCAUCGCUCUCGAGCGUGCGACAAACAUGAGUCUCAAUGACUACAUCCAGAAGAACGUUUGUCAACCACUGGAGUUGAAGAACGUCAAUAUGAUACCCACGCCUUCGAUGAAAGCACAGCUUGCAUACAUGCACUACAAGAACCCCGAAGGCAAGGUUACCGUUAGAGACCACCCUCUUCACCGGUCCCUCAUUGCCCAGUCCCCUGAGGAAAUCGCGAAUACCUUCAACAGUGGUGGAGCUGGGUUGUUUGCAAAGCCUUCAGAAUACGCACGCAUCCUCACCGUCUUCCUGAACGACGGAACCUGCCCCGUUACCAAAGCGCAGAUCUUGAAGAAGGAGACCGUAGACGAGAUGUUCAAGAACCAGAUCCCCGAGUUCCCCAACUUUGGCAGGUCAGGCAUCCCGCCCGCAAAGCCGGAGCUCACAAACCCCAUCCCUGAGAUUUACCCGGUCCCCUGGAACCCGCCCCAAGGGUGGGGACUGACGUUCAUGAUCACCGGUGGGCCGACCGGGCGGUCUGACGGGACCGCGUGGUGGGCAGGGCUGCCGAACUUGUUUUGGUGGUGCGACAGAGAGAACGGAGUUGCUGGCAUCGUGUGCUCUCAAAUCUUGCCGUUCUGUGAUGCGUCGGUCAUGGGAUUAUGGGGUCAGCUCGAGAUGGGUGUGUACAAGGGGCUCGGCAUCCUGAAGGGUUGA